UCCUCUUCUUCCUCUUCCUCCCCCUCCCCCUUUUCGGGCGGAUCCUGGCCUCCUUUGAGCCUUGCUACCUUUUGCGCUCCGAGGCGCAUCGUGCGCCCGGGAGGGAGAAGCCAAAGGGGAAAAGAAGAAGAGGAGGAGGAGGAAGAGGAGGGGGCGGCAUCACCGACACCAUCCUCCUCCCCCUCACCUUUCCCUUCCUCUCCCAGCAACGGGGCCUUGAGAGGAAGCAGGCGCUGAUGGAGACGGAGAUGGAGAUGCUCUAAGCACAAGAUCCAUAGAAGGGAGGAGGAGGACGGUGCCUGUCCCGGCAGAAGAAUGAGUGAGGAAACCAUCCCAGAGGAGGUCUCCCCUUCCUUGCCCUCCCAGAGCCAGAACUGCGACCGCUUCUCCGAAGAUGACCCCGAGUUCCUCCGCCUGCGCAACACGGCCGCCGGUCUCCGUCAGGACUUCAACCUGAUGGAGCAGAAAAAGAGGGUCACCAUGAUCCUGCAAAGCCCCUCUUUCAGGGAGGAGCUGGAGAGCCUCAUCCAAGAGCAGACGAAGAAAGGCAACAACUCCAACAUCUGGGCCCUGCGGCAGAUUGCGGACUUCAUGGCCAGCACCUCCCCCUCUGUCUUCCCCACAUCACCCUUGAACCUCUCCACGGUGACGCCCGUCAAUGACCUGCACGCUGUGGACUCUGCGGCCCUGGCCAAAGGAGAACGGCUCAUGCGCUGCAAGCUGGCCAGCGUCUACCGGCUGCUGGACCUUUAUGGCUGGGCCCAGUUCAGCAGCACCUCCGUCACGUUGCGUGUUAGCAAAGAGCAGGACCAUUUCCUGACUUGUCCUGUGGGCCUUGCGUGCCAUGAAGUGACUGCUUCCAGCUUGAUCAAGGUGAACAUCCUGGGGGAAGUGGUGGAGCAAGGCAGCACCAGCUUCCCGGUGGAUGCACCAGGCUUCAACCUCCAUGCCGCCAUCUACGCUGCCAGACCAGACGUCCGGUGCAUCGCCCACCUCCACACUCCGGCCACCAUGGCAGUGUCGGCUAUGAAGCAGGGCCUCCUGCUGAUUUCCCAUGAUGCCCUGCUGGCCGGAGAGAUGGUCUCCAUUGACUUCAAUGGCGAGAUGGAGGAUGAAGCGGAUCGAGUGGAACUGCAGAAGCGCCUUGGACCCACCUGCAAGGUCUUAGUGAUGCGGAACCAUGGCAUCGUGGCCCUUGGAGACACUGUGGAGGAGGCCUUCUACAAGAUCUUCCACCUGCAGGCUGCCUGUGAAGUCCAGAUUGCAGCCUUGUCCAGCGGGGCAGAGAGCCUCAUCGUCCUGGAGCGGGAGAAGCACCGCCCACACGAAGUGGGCUCCGUCCAGUGGGCAGGAAGCACCUUCGGACCCAUGCGGAAGAGCCGCCUCGGGGAGCACGAGUUCGAGGCUCUGAUGCGGAUGCUGGACAACCUCGGCUUCCGGACGGGCUACGCCUAUCGGCAUCCAUUUGUCCAGGAGAAGGCCAGGCACCGGAGCGAGGUGGAGAUCCCAGCCACGGUGACGGCCUUCCUCUUUGAGGACGAUGAGGCAGUGGCAGCAGGGACCCAAUUCUCGGCCCUGCGGCAACAUGCCCAGAAGCAGCAGAAGGAGAAGACCCGCUGGCUCAACACUCCCAACACCUACCUGCGGGUCAACAAGGAGAGCAGCCAGCACACCAAGACCACCUGGAUGAAAGCGGAUGAAGUGGAGAAGUCCAGCAGCGGGACGCCGAUCCGGAUUGAGAACCCAAACCAAUUUGUGCCUCUCUACACAGACCCACAGGAAGUUCUGGAAAUGAGGAACAAGAUCCGAGAGCAAAACCGCCAGGAAGUGAAGUCCGCCGGGCCCCAAUCACAGCUGCUUGCCAGCGUCAUCGCCGAGAAAAGCCGGAGCCCAUCAAUGGAUGGCCUCCUGUCUGACGGAGGGGUAAGAGGAGAGACCCAGGAGGAUGCACCACUCGAACCCGAGCCCCCGAACCCCUUCAGCCAGCUCACCGACCAGGAACUGGAGGAAUACAAGAAGGAAGUGGAGAGAAAGAAGCUGGGCAUUGAUGGUGAGAAGGACACCAGCCUUGAGGAAGACCCGCUGUCGGCCGCCGGGGAACGGAGCCCCUCCAAGACCAGGAGCCCCCCAACGUCUCCCUCCAAGCCUCUGGAAGGCGUGGAGGAGGAGGCCGGGCAGAGGGCUGACCCGGUGGUCAACGGCAAGGAGGAGGACACAACGGCAGAGGAUAUCCUGAGCAAAGAGCUGAGCCAAAUGACCACCAACGCCGACACCACUGGCACCACCAACCCGGAGGCACCCAAGGACAAAGCCGUGUCCCCCGACGGCUCGCCCUCCAAGUCCCCCUCUAAGAAGAAGAAGAAGUUCCGGGCUCCGUCCUUCCUGAAGAAGAGCAAGAAGAAAGAGAAGGCCGAGUCCUGAGCCUCCACUGCUGCCGCCCUCCGAGCCUCUCCUGCUUCCCCUCCUCCUCCUCCUCCUCUUCCCUCCCUUCCUCCUCCUCCUCUUCCUUCUCUUCCUCCUCCAUUUUGCCCUCCGUGACCACCUUUCCCCUUCUGCCACUCUUGUUGUGAAGCUGUUGGGGGAAUUUUAGUGGAGGAGAGUCGAGGGGCUGGAGGUGGCUCUGCUGGGCUUUGGAGAAGUUGCUGCAGAGGGAGAGCUUGGCCAGGCCUUUCUACUUCUUCUUCCAAUUGCCCAAGGAUACAAGAGAGAGGGAGAAUGACCUUCCGCCAUCGAUUUCCCAUUGAAGGUGGAGUGUCAGCCUUUUUGGACGUGCCUUUCUCUCUCUACCCAUUUUGAACCCUUUCUGUGGAACCUUUGGGUCAGUCACUCUUUGGAAAUAAUGGGACCCAAUGCCUCCCUUUACUCUGGGCUCCCCUGUCUUUGGAUGCUGCACCAAAAGGACACCUUUGAUGGGAAUUGCUCUGAACCCGGUGCCAUGUUUGCUGCAGGGCAGCUCUAUGGAAUUUCCUUGGGUGCAAAUCCAGCACAAGUGGGGAACUGCGCAGUAUUCUGUUCAGGUUGCUCUUCACUGGGGGGAGGGGGGCACUUCCAUAAUGGGUGGCAAAAGAGGGGAAUAAGGUUUCAUCCGUGGGGCGUGACCUCCUUGAAGACGCUAUUGCCUCCCCUUCCUUCCUUCCUUCCUUCCUUCCUUCCUUCCUUCCCUCCCUCCCUCCCUCCUUCCUUCCUUCCUUCCUUCCUUCCUUCCUUCCUUCCUUCCUUCCAACCCAGAGCAAAAUUGGGCGUGAUCCCCAUUGCUCAGGCCCAGCCAGCUAUUGAUUUAUUUAAUAUUUUUCAUGUCAGGAGUGACUUGAGAAACUGCAAGUCACUUCUGGGGUGAGAGAAUUGGCCGUCUGCAAGGAUGUUACCCAGGGGAUGCUGCUCGGAUGUUUUGAUGUUUUACCAUCCUUCUCUCAUGUCCCCACAUGAGAAGCUGGAGCUGACAGAGGGAGCUCAACCUGCUCUCCCUGGAUUUGAAGCCCUGCCAGCACAAGGGUUUAACCCAUUGUGUCUACAGGGGCUCAUUUUAAAAAUGAAAAACAUAAUACAAUUUUGGUGCUGUCACACUUGGCCCUUGGACCUACAAUGGGCUUUGGAGAGAGUGGGCUGUGGCCCUUGGGUUCAUUGCUCCAUGAAGCCAGGCGGAUCAAUGCAGACUCCACCAUACCCAGGCCACAUUUGCGGGCUCCCAAGUGCACUAGAUUACAACACAGAGGGGCGGACAUUGCUUUCCUACAGUGGCUGUUGUCUAUGCCCCAUUCAUCCAUGGUUUGCCUGCAGCUAUUAAGGUUUCUCUCCAAGGUGCUGAAUCCUAUCCUCACUAUAAGUCACCUUGGAAAGUCUAUGACAAAACUCACAGCCUGGAAGCAGUUUGGCACUACUUUAACUACCAUGGAAUCCUGGGAUUUGUAGUCUGUUGCAGCACCAGAGCUCUCCAACACAGGAGACACAGGAGGGCAAACAUAAUACAAACUACAAACCCCAGAAUGCAUAUCAUCAAACCAUGGCAGUCAUUGUGGAUGUACUAAAUCGGGAUAUAUCAUGGAUUCCUGGGCAUGAUAAUGGCCAGCCUCCACCUUGACUUUGACCAAGGAUGAUGGGACUCAUAAUACGGCAGAUUUGGCAAGUAUAGAGCGGCAGGCCCAUCAGUAUCCCCUUCCUUGCACGUCUCCGUUUGGUGGUGAAAUGCCUUGUGAAGGAACGGCAGAGGAGGCGUCUUCUGUGCCGCGAUGGCAAGGCAGGUGGGUGCAUGCAAUGGCACACAAAGGCUCUCCUGCGCUGAAUUCAAGAUGUCACCCUUCACUUCCGUCACAUAAGUGCUCCUUGGCGAGUCUGGAACCAUGUUUGAAUUGCACACACUGCCAACCCUCGGCGGUGCCUUGUUGUCAACAAUGCAGCAGGAGGCUUGUGGGGCCAUGCCUUGCCUUCGACUGCCCUGUCACAAGAUUGUGUCACGCUUGCAAAGUGUUUCCAUAAGUGGCUGUGUAACUUUGGCUGCGACUGUAAAUUGCUUCAAAAGAGCUGGUGUUUUGGUGGAGAAUGUGCUUCUUGUGCAGGAAUGCUUCUCGUAUCGCACUGGUCAAAAGAGCCAUGGCAGAAGCAAAGCACAGAAAAGACAGAGAUUGAUUGGCUGCAAAAUUCGGGGUGCAUCUACACUGGGGAAUGGGUGCAGGCUGACACCAUGUAGACUGCCAAGACUUAGGCCCUGUGGGGACACAGGCCAAGGCAGUUUGUGUGGCAGUGGAAAACCUUUCUUUUCUAUCCCACCGCUGCCACCAAUAUAUAUUAUGUGGGGACACAGGCCAAGGCAGUUUGUGUGGCAGGGGGAACCUUUCUUUUCUCUCCCACCGCUGCCACCAAAUAUUAUAUAGAGCAACCAGAACAGUUGUGGAAGAUUUAAAAUGAUAGUAUGGGUAGCUUAAGUGUGGCUGAGCAAUUUAUUUAAGUCAGUAUGUUUGAGUGAGGCUUAUAUUUGCUGAUGUGAGGCUAGACUUUUAAAAUGCUUUGCCUGGGGCACAUAAAAGGAGUCAACCAUUAGCAUAACCUGGAUCAUUUCUUCAAAAUCUUCAGCCGCCUUCAUUUAAAAAAAAAACUAGCCAAAGGUCUUUAUUGUGAUGAACUGAACAAGAAAAUGGUUAUUCAAGAAUUCUCAGGCAAUUCAAAUCUUGCUGGUUACUCAGUACUUCUUAGACAUUGUUACACUUAGUUUAUGUUGUCGCAAGCACUUGAAACAGUUUCCAAUAUGGCUCCAGAAUGGCUUUUCCUUUCACCAGACUGGUUUAAACUUAUUUUACUUCGAAGUACAAGGGGUAUUUUUUAAGUAAGGUCCGUUUGAACAUAAGUACACAACAAAAGUUUAUUUCAAAAAAGUAAAUUUAUUUUCAGAAAGUACAUACUUCACUCUAUUUUUCGACAUAGUUGCCAAGUUUGUUCAAACACUUAUCAUACCUCUGAACCAAUUUUAAAAUACCCUCUUCAUAAAAACAUGCCACCACCAAAAGCCACCAAAUCGUCUGUAACCAAAGAAGGGCGACCGGAGCGGUCCUCAUCAUGGACGUUGUCACGGCCAUCUUUGAAUUGUCGUACCUACUUAUGCACUUUGCUUUCACUCAUAACAGUAUCACCGUACACUUCACAAAUCUGUCGAUGAAUUUCUGCAGCAGGCAGGUUCCUUGCUGACAAAAACCGUAUCACUGAGCGAACCUCACAUGCGGCGGGUGAAUUGAUAGUCUUAAACAUUUUUAAAGCACAGAACAGAACCGUACAGGUUAGCUUCAGAGCGGAAACUGAGCACAGUUGUUCCCGAGGCAUGCCAGUACAUGACGCACGCGCUCGUUGUGGUAUGCACGCGAACUACUAGUGUCUACAACAAAACGGACCUUACUUAAAAAAUACCUCUCGUAUAUUUUCUCUCCUGACAUUCAAAACACUGGCUUGCCUUUUCUUCAGUUAUCCCACUGAAGUUACAGCACAAUCCUAGGGUUUCUUUCCCCUUUUAGUUAAACAUAAUAAAUAAUAUUUAUUUAUUAAUUCAAACAGGUUCAAUUGGCACUUUAAACAAAUCAGGCUGAAGGCUUAGAACCCUUGGCUCGGCUCCCAACUAGCCAGAGCCAACCUUCCACUUUGACUCUCCAGUCAAAAACUGACUCUUUAAUGUCUGCUCCACUCUAGUUGGCAGUUAGCUCUGUCCCUUUUGACUCCUGCUUGGAGAAAUAUGGAUAUAUUUCUAAUGAAAACUGUAGCUGCUUGUUGGCAACUUAGCCAAGAAGCAGCUGCAGUUUAAAGUGGCCUGCUUGCACCAUAUUUCACUUAAUCAAACAUUAAUAAAAAUUCCCAUUAAAAUUAACCAAUUCAUUACAGGCCCCUUCUACACUGACACAUAAGACAGAUUAUCAAAUCAGAUAAUCCACAUUAUCUACUUUGAACUAAAUUAUAUGAGUCUAUGCUGCCAUAUAAUCCAUUUUAAAGCGAAUAAUCUGGAUUUUAUAUGGCAGUGUAGAAGGGGCCUUAGUGCUAGGGAUCCUGGGAGUUGCAGUUUGGCAAGGUCCCAGCAUUCUUUAGCAAAGAAGGUGAAAAACCUCAGGAAAGUAUAAAUGUCAUGGAAUCCCGGGAAUUGUAGUUUUACAGGGUCUUUAGCUUUAUCUGCGAAACUUCAGCUCCCAGGGAUCCUUAGCACUGGGCUGUGGCAGAUAAAGUGGUGCCAAAUUGUAUUUGUUCUGUAUAGAUAGAUUCACCUUGUACUUGUACUUGUUUGCUAGUAGGCAUGAAGUCCCACCAUCCUGAACAAGUGCAACACUUUGAUGCCGCUUCAACUGCCAUAGCAGCCUCCACUCAAAUCCUGGGAUUUGCAGUUUAUGCUGGAGCAAAAAGAUGGUCUUAGGGAGUCAUACGGCAAGAGAAAAGAAGGCCAGAUGAAAAUCUCAGCAGCAAAAGGCACCUUCUCUUUAAAUAGGUGGUCAGUUGUCCAUCCAGACAUACAGGAGACACUCCACUAUAGACUUAAUGUAGUUUGAUACCCUUUUGACUGUCAUGGCCCAGUGCUGUGGACUCCUGGGAGUUGUAGUUUGGUGAGGCACCAGCGGUAUAAGGCAGGAAAGGAUAAAAAUCGUGUAAAGCUACAACUUCCCAUGAUUCCAUAGCACCGAGCCAUGGCAAUUAAAUGGAUAUCAAACUAUGUUCAUGCCACAAUUGGUGCAUCUCUUGUACCUGAAAGGUCAUACUGGUGCUUUGAUGUGUUAGGAUUGUACCAACAGAUAGGCAGUAUGGUUUGGAACUGGAGACCAGAACCCCUUUCUCGGCCAUGGAAGCCCAUUGGCAAGUCAGACUCUCUCAGCCUCAGAGGGAGGCCCUCCUCUUGCCAAACCUUAGUGUCUUAGUGCCACAAAUGCCAUAAAUGCUGGCACAAACAGCACAAUCAUAGAAACAAUAUGAUGUCUGGCACUUUUGGGAGCCACCAAAGCAGAUGGCAGUUCUGGAUUUCUUCUGGUACUUCCACAAACCUGCUAAUUUUCUUAAAUAAUGUGUCUUAAAUGAAGGUCUACUGAAGGAAGAAGGGUUAAGGGUGGCUUCAUAUUGCCCUCCCUUCUGCAUACAUAUCCAUGCAUUCUUAGGAGCAAUUGUCUUUCCUGGCUAGGGAUGUCUGUGUCCACACUGGAGAAUGAAUGCAGCUGGACCUCACUUUACAGAAUCAUGAGAGUUGUAGUAGUAGUGGUAGUGAUUUUUAUUGAUUAGCCCUUAGGCCAUAUCACAAUAAGAAACAGAACAAGACCUGACAAGACCCGAUCACACUCCAUGUAGUAAGUUAAAAUAUGACACUCAAUAACAAUACAGUAAAUAAAUAUGAUAAGAUAUGAUAAAACUGAUAAACUGAUCAAGCUGAGUAUAUACAUCAUAUUUCCUUAUCACCCCUACAAUUUACCCCAAUCAGCCCUACAUAUGUGGUUCUCAGACGUAUUGUUUUGCUUAAGUACAGAGCUGUUUUAUAUGUUAUUUUUGGGUCUUGGCCACACAUAAAAUAUGUUGUUCUGAUGUGAGAUUCCCAAUACAUUGUCCGUUUGAUAUGUGGACCAAGGUGGAAGUCUCUCACCUUUUGAUACAAUUUACAAUCAAAUAAUAUGUGUGCUAUAUCCUCAAUUUCAGGUGCCCCGCAGAUACAGAGAGUUGUAGUUUUACACAAUCUCUAACUUUUUCUGCCAUCUCACAAUGCCGAGCCAGGGCAAUUAAAGUGGUGUCAAAACUGCAUUAAUUGCGCAGUGUAGAAGCGCCCUUGGACAGACUACACCUCAAUGGAGGAAUAGCCGUCUUUUCCUUCUUCAGUCUGAUUUGUUGCAUUUCCUCAAGAAUCACUUGAGUUAGUGGGGAAUGGAGACACUUCACCUCACUCUGUAAUUUCACAGCAUGAAGGGCGUGAUUAUUCAUUUAGAAACAGAUAUCUGCUUGCUGGAGCCUCAUUCUCAGUAAAACAGAGGCAACUGUGUGCUUUGGUCUGAUGUAAAACUCUAUCACCUGCCAAUCAAUGCCUUGGGCCGUGGCAGUUAAAGUGAUGUCAAACCACAUCCAUGCUGCAGUGCACAUGCACCCUUCGGCGUGUGAGACUCCCUUUUAGUCCAGACAUCCCAAAGAUCUCCUUUUCAUUUUGCUUCUCAAAAUCUGGAGCCGCUCCAAUGUGCCAGGCAGGACCGCAUUGCAAUGCCGAAAGCCCAGCAUCUGCCUGACAAUCGCUGCUUCCAAGUGGUAUUUGAUGUCACACCUGCAAACAACACACUCCCCCUUUUGUGUGUUUGGACGGAUGUUGUGACGUCGACCUUUGAGGUUCUUGUGUAAAUAAGACUUACUCUCCUGCAAUGUGCACCACGGGCCCUCAAAGGCCUGCUUUUCUUUCUGUCUCUCUUUCUGUGCAUUGCCCCCUUUUCAACAGACCAGAGCACUCUUCCCUGAGCACAUCUACAUUGCAGGAUGAAUGCAGUUUGACUCCACUUGGUCAACCGUGGCUCAACGCGAUGGCAUCCUGGGAGCUGCAGCUUGGCCCUUCUAGGCACCAGGCCUUGCAAAACUAGUUUCCAGGGAGCGCCAAAGAAAACACCUUGCUAAUCAACUAUUCCCCUUGACCCCAUAGCUUUGAGCCAAGGCAGUUUAUGUGGUGUCAAACAGCAUUCAUUCCACAGUGUAGAUGCACCUUUGGUUGGUGUCCCUUCUUUUCUGUGUUUUCCCCACUCUCCAUUUUGGAAUUUGUUUCAGUGUGUGAGCGAUGUGCUGGCAGCCAAACCCUUGCAAACAGUGCGCUUUGCCAUGUGCUCUUGCUGCUGCGUAUGCCCAAUGCCGCUCUUCUUCCUCUUCUUCCUCUGGACCGAAUAGCAUCCAAGCAGCUCAGCUCCUUUCCAGGCGCUUUCUUUGACAGGAUGCAAAGGUCUCCUCUUCUGCCGCCGCCGCUGCUUCGUGUCCAGAUCCAAGCCUCUUUUUUGAUGAAAAGCUUUUUGUCUCCUUUGAGUGCUCUAAAAAUAAAAAACAAAACAAAACACAAAAAGCAGAUGCUAAUAAACUUUCACCAGAACACUAAA